CCUGCAGGUCCAGCCGUGCAAGUCGAAACCGGGCACCGGAGUCAAGAGGUCAGCCCCGGGCCCCCUGAGUCCCGGCCGCGGAUUCCCCGGGGCGACCAGUAUCCUCGUUCCCUGCAAUCCGGCGCUCCCCCCAUAAAGCCCCACCCCUUUGUUUACUCGCCAAAUCCCCUUCUCGCACGCGCGCUCGCCGCUCGGUUCCCUCCUAAACCGCUAACUUUUCCCGCCGCCCCCGUGCACACAUUUCAUCGAGCACUUCGUCCGCGCCACCGUCACUGCCGCUCCGGCGUCAUUCAGUAGGGGUAUGGAAGGUGAAGACUACUUGCCUGAGGGGGGCAAGCUCCCAGAGCUCAAGCUAGAUGCAAGACAGGCGCAGGGUUUCAUCUCUUUCUUCAAGAAGUUGCCCAAGGAUCCUCGGGCCAUUCGUUUCUUCGAUCGCCGGGAUUAUUACACGGCUCAUGGUGAAAAUGCCACAUUUAUUGCAAAGACAUACUAUCACACAAUGACUGCCUUGCGCCAGUUAGGCAGUAACUCCGAUGGGAUAUCAAGUGUCAGCGUAAGCAGGGCUAUGUUUGAGACCAUUGCCCGCAAUCUUUUGUUAGAGAGGACAGAUUGUACUCUGGAGCUCUAUGAGGGAAGUGGGUCAAGUUGGAGAUUAGCAAAAUCUGGAACACCUGGAAACAUCGGCAGUUUUGAAGAUAUUCUGUUUACAAACAAUGACAUGCAAGAUUCUCCAGUUACUGUUGCGUUGUUUCCUGUGCUGCGUGAAAGUCAGCUCUAUAUAGGGCUUAGUUUUGUGGAUAUGACGAACCGGAAGCUUGGGCUGGCUGAGUUCCCUGAAGAUAGUCGAUUCACAAAUGUUGAAUCAGCCCUUGUUGCAUUAGGUUGCAAGGAAUGUCUUCUUCCGGCAGAUUUUGAGAAACCAAUAGAUUUGCAGCCUCUUCAGGAUGCUAUUAGUAAGUGCAGUGUUCUACUAACCGAAAGAAAGAAGGCUGAUUUUAAGUCUAGAGAUCUUGUGCAGGAUCUUGGUAGAAUAAUCAGGGGUUCUGUUGAGCCAGUUCGUGACCUCCUAUCUCAAUUUGACUAUGCUUUGGGUGCCCUUGGAGCUCUAGUGUCAUAUGCUGAGUUGCUAGCAGAUGAUACUAACUAUGGAAAUUACACAAUUGAGACAUACAAUUUGGAUCGCUACAUGCGACUUGACUCUGCUGCCAUGCGAGCAUUGAAUAUUGCUGAAGGAAAAACUGAUGCAAACAAGAAUUUCAGUUUGUUUGGUCUGAUGAACAGAACUUGUACAGUUGGGAUGGGUAAACGACUGCUCAACAGAUGGCUGAAGCAACCUCUGCUAGAUGUAAAUGAAAUCAAUAACAGAUUAGAUAUGGUUCAGGCUUUCGCAGAAGAUCCAGAGCUUCGUCAGGGUCUUAGGCAACAACUUAAAAGGAUAUCUGAUAUUGACCGUCUAACACAUGCUCUCCGGAAGAGAUCAGCCAACCUGCAGCCUGUUGUUAAGCUCUAUCAGUCCUGCCGUGGAAUCUCAUACAUCAAGGAUGUUCUUCAACAGUACAACGGUCAAUUUUCUACAUUGAUAAGAAAAAGGUUUGUUAGCUCUUUUGAAGAGUGGUUGACAAAGAAUCGGUAUGGUAGGUUUUCUGAAAUGGUUGAGACAGCUAUUGACCUCAAACAAGUAGAAAAUGGCGAGUACAGGAUAUCACCAGGAUAUUCUUCUGAUUUGGCUGUGCUCAAGGAUGAGCUUUCUGAAGUUGAGAAUCACAUCAACAAUUCACAUAUGCACACAGCCACUGAUCUGGAUCUUUCUGUUGAUAAGCAAUUGAAGCUAGAAAAAGGGCCAUUUGGACAUGUGUUCAGAAUCUCAAAGAAAGAAGAGCAGAAAGUCAGGAAAAAACUCACUAGCAGUUACAUUAUCAUAGAAACCCGUAAAGAUGGCGUGAAGUUCACAAGCACAAAACUUAAAAAGCUAGGUGAACAAUACCAGGCACUGCUCGGCGAGUACACAAGUUGUCAGAAAAAGAUUGUCGAUGAUGUAGUGAGAAUUUCAUGCACCUUUUCAGAGGUAUUUGAGAAUUUUGCUGCAAUUAUAUCUGAGUUAGAUGUUUUACAAAGUUUUGCUGAUUUGGCAACAAGCUGCCCAGUUCCUUAUAUAAGACCAGAUAUCACAACAUCGGAGGAAGGAGAUAUUGUGCUACAAGGUAGUAGACAUCCUUGUCUGGAGGCCCAAGAUGGUGUUAACUUCAUACCAAAUGAUUGCACGUUGAUGAGAGGGAAAAGUUGGUUUCAAAUCAUCACAGGGCCGAACAUGGGUGGAAAAUCCACUUUUAUACGACAGGUUGGUGUGAACGUCCUGAUGGCACAAAUUGGUUCCUUCGUUCCUUGUGAUCAGGCAAGCAUCAGUGUGAGAGAUUGUAUUUUUGCUCGUGUUGGCGCUGGUGAUUGCCAACUCCGCGGUGUUUCAACCUUUAUGCAAGAAAUGCUUGAAACAGCAUCCAUCUUGAAAGGUGCAUCUGAGAAGUCUCUUAUAAUUAUCGAUGAGUUGGGGCGCGGAACUUCCACAUAUGAUGGAUUUGGUCUUGCAUGGGCUAUCUGUGAACAUCUUGUUGAAGUAACUAGAGCUCCUACAUUGUUUGCAACUCAUUUUCAUGAAUUAACCGCAUUGGCAAACAAAAAUGGUGAUCAGCACCAACAUGUUCCAGAUGUUGGAAUUGCAAAUUAUCAUGUGGGUGCACAUAUAGACCCAUCAAGUCGGAAGUUAACUAUGCUUUAUAAGGUUGAACCUGGUGCCUGUGACCAAAGUUUUGGUAUCCAUGUUGCGGAAUUUGCUAAUUUUCCAGAAGCUGUCAUUGCUCUUGCAAAAAGCAAAGCAGAAGAGUUAGAAGACUUCUCUGCUGCACCCAACUUCAAUGAUGAAUCAAAUGACGAGGUUGGAUCUAAACGCAAGAGGGUGUUUAGCCCAGAUGAUGUGACCAGGGGAGCUGCUCGAGCCCGCGUUUUGUUGGAAGAGUUCUCGGCAUUGCCUCUAGAUGAGAUGGAUGGGAGAAAGGCCACGGAGGUCGUGACCAAACUGAAAUUGGACUUCGAGAAAGAUGCAGCCGGUAAUCCCUGGCUUCAGCAGUUCCUCUGAAGGAAAUGAAUCCUGUCUAGAACGGGGAUUUUGUUCUUUGAAAUCGUUAGAGAAUAGAGAACUACGUUGAUGUCAAGAAAUCUGAUCCUUUUGUUACUGCGCAUCAGCUUAGGAUAAGUAUGUUGCAACACUGCCCCUUUUGUUAGUGCAAGUAAACAAAAACGAUGUACAUAUAUUGUGGCAGCGUUCUUUACUGUCUGGUUUGCUGAUGCUACUGUCAGUC